AUGUCAUACAUGUUCCUGUAUCUGCACAAUGGCUGGCAGGUAGACCAGGCCAUUCUGUCGGAGGAAGACCGCCUGGUCGUCGUUCAUUUCGGACACGACUGGGACCCCAAUUGCAUGAAGAUGGAUGAGGUUCUGUACAGCAUCGCGGAAAAGUAA